UACAGUACAUUAGCAUAGGCAAGUAAAUUUUCUUAUUCUCUGUUUUCAGGAUGAAUCAGCACCGGCCAAAUUUUUGAGACCGCUCGCGGCUUAGAGGGAGGCUCAUCUAAAUAAAGGCCAGCUAAAGUGACGUGGCAGGGACUUAAUCCUUCUCUGGCAGCCCGUGUGACCAGAAGGCUGAUUUGCAAGUUUCUUCUUUCCUGGGGUCCAGAUCAUUGGGUCCCCGGGGCCCUGCAACUCUCCGGCAGGAGAAGUGCAAAAUGAAGGGGGUCGGAGCUGAAGGCCAGCAGCAGGGACUUGGGGGCCUCCGAGGGGCCCUUACACACCAGAGUGGAAGAUUCUCGGGCCGUCAAAGGAAAUAGCAAACUGGAGCCUUUGUCUCAGGCGCGGGCACCUACCACAGAGCAUCCGACCGCAUGGGCCGCCGGAAGGUUCCUGGAGCCCAGACAGGAAAGCGGUUACGGUGACUGGAUGUGUGCGCGCCGGACAGUGAGCUCUGGGCCGUGCACCGUGAAGGAAGGGGUGAGAUGUCCGCAGUGAGGGGGGCAGCUCUCGGCUUGGCGGGGCAGGCUCUGCCGGCCUGUCCGCCUCUGCCCUCCUCUCCCUGAAGCCUCGAAGGGGACUGCGUGCUCUGCAGGCCGGCCGUCGAGGACGCGGGGCUCUGACCGGCCCCAACUCCCCUCGCCCACCCCCUUGGCCCUGGCGCCGCUCCUCACCUGCCUUCCAUCGGAGCCUCUCGGCCGAGACGGAGAUGCGAGCCUGUGGUGGACGAUGACCGCAGUGUACGCGCAUGGAGGCGGCCUGGUGACCCCCCACUAUGCCAGGUGGGAUCGGCGGGAGAGCGCGGAAAGCGGCUGCCAGACGGAGUGCAGCAAGGACGAGGAGGACGGGCAGCCCCGCCAGCUGACACCCUUUGAGAAGCUGAUGCAGGACAUGUCCCAAGAUGAGAAGGUGUUGAGGGAGAUCACGCUGGGGAAACGGAUUGGCUUCUACCGAAUCCGAGGGGAGAUUGGAAGUGGGAACUUUUCCCAAGUCAAGCUCGGGAUUCACUCCCUAACCAAAGAAAAGGUGGCCAUUAAGAUCCUGGACAAGACCAAGCUAGACCAGAAAACCCAAAGGCUACUAUCCCGUGAAAUUUCCAGCAUGGAAAAACUGCACCAUCCCAACAUCAUCCGUCUGUAUGAAGUCGUGGAGACCCUAUCCAAGCUCCACUUGGUCAUGGAGUAUGCAGGGGGUGGGGAACUCUUUGGAAAAAUUAGCACUGAAGGGAAGCUCUCAGAGCCGGAAAGCAAGCUCAUCUUCUCCCAGAUUGUGUCUGCCGUGAAGCACAUGCACGAGAACCAAAUUAUUCAUAGAGACCUGAAGGCAGAAAACGUAUUUUAUGCCAAUAAUACCUGCGUGAAGGUGGGUGACUUUGGAUUCAGCACCGUAAGUAAAAAAGGCGAAAUGCUCAACACCUUCUGCGGGUCGCCCCCCUACGCCGCGCCCGAGCUUUUCCGGGACGAGCAUUACGUGGGCGUUUAUGUGGACAUCUGGGCGCUGGGGGUGCUGCUGUACUUCAUGGUGACCGGCACCAUGCCCUUCCGGGCAGAGACCGUGGCCAAGCUGAAGAAGAGCAUCCUGGAGGGCGCGUACAGUGUGCCCCCGCACGUGUCCGCGCCCUGCCUCCGCCUCAUCCGCGGGGUCCUCCAGCCCGUGCCCGCCGACAGGCACGGCAUCGACUCCAUCAUGAGCAACGAGUGGAUGCAGGGGGUGCCGUACCCCACCCCUCUGGAGCCUUUCCAGCUGGACCCCAAACAUCUGUCUGAAACCGGCACCCUCAAAGAAGAAGAAAAUGAGGUCAAAAGCGCUCUAGAACAUUUGGGUAUUACGGAAGAGCACAUCCGCAACAACCAAGGGAGAGACGCCCGGAGCUCCAUCACGGGCGUCUACCGGAUCGUCCUGCACAGAGUCCAAAGGAAGAAGGCUUUGGAAAGCGUCCCGAUAAUGCUGCUGCCGGACCCUAAAGAAAGGGACCUAAAGAAAGGGUCCCGUGUCUAUAGAGGCAUAAGACACACAUCUAAGUUUUGUUCAAUUUUAUAAAUUGCGUUAAACUGCUGGUCAUUAUCCAAGAGCAUUGUUGCUGCUUUUAAAUUUUUUCAUGGACAACUUGGGUGGAGACAUUUUUGUAAUUUUUAAAUAAAUUUAAAUUUAAGAUAUACAUUUCCCCCCCCCUUCCACCAAAGUCUAGAUUUGCUCUCUUGUUCUUAACCUCGAGCAGUCAUUCAUUUGUUUAAUCAAGAAAUAUUUAACCAGUGCCUCCUAUGGACCAGGCACUCUUCCAGGUGUGGAGGAAAGAGCGAGCAAUGGGACGGGCUGGACCCUUGCUCCCCUGUGCAGGAUGUUCCAGGGCUGGACAAAGGCACUGAUGAGAAACCAUGUAAGUACAGCGCGAGAUAGUGGCAGCCGCUCCUGCCAGCCCCACGUUAGG